AUGCGCGGCGGCGACACGGGAGCCGCGCUCCUGGUGCUCCUGGCCUCGGUGCUCUGGGUCACUGUGCAAAGCCAGCAGAGAGGCUUGUUCCCAGCCAUUCUCAACCUGGCCACCAAUGCCCGCAUCAGUGCCAACGCCACCUGUGGUGAGAAGGGGCCAGAGAUGUUCUGCAAACUGGUGGAGCACGUGCCCGGCCGGCCUGUUCGAAACGCCCAGUGUCGAGUGUGUGACAGCAACAGCACAAAUCCUAGAGAACGCCACCCAAUAUCUCACGCGAUAGAUGGCACCAAUAACUGGUGGCAGAGCCCCAGUAUCCAAAACGGGAGACAAUAUCACUGGGUCACCAUCACCCUGGACUUACAGCAGGUCUUUCAAGUUGCCUAUGUCAUCAUUAAAGCCGCCAACGCCCCUCGGCCUGGAAACUGGAUUUUGGAACGCUCUGUGGAUGGCAUCAAGUACAAACCCUGGCAGUACUAUGCAGUCAGCGACACAGAGUGCUUGACGCGCUACAAAAUCACUCCAAGACGGGGACCUCCCACCUACAGAGCUGACAAUGAAGUCAUCUGCACCUCGUAUUAUUCUAAGCUGGUGCCGCUUGAGCACGGAGAGAUUCACACAUCACUCAUCAAUGGCAGACCAAGCGCGGAUGACCCCUCCCCCCAGUUGCUGGAGUUCACCUCAGCACGGUACAUACGCCUUCGUCUGCAGCGCAUCAGAACCCUCAAUGCCGACCUCAUGACCCUCAGCCACCGGGACCUCAGAGACCUUGACCCUAUUGUCACAAGGCGUUAUUACUAUUCGAUAAAAGACAUUUCCGUCGGAGGGAUGUGUAUUUGCUACGGCCAUGCUAGCAGCUGCCCGUGGGAUGAAGAAACAAAGCGACUGCAGUGUCAGUGUGAACAUAACACCUGUGGCGAGAGCUGUGACAGGUGCUGCCCUGGCUACCAUCAGCGGCCCUGGAAGCCCGGAACCAUCUUGUCGGGUAACGAGUGUGAGGAAUGCAACUGUCACAAUAAAGCCAAAGACUGUUACUAUGAUGAGACUGUUGCUAAGGAGAAGAGAAGUCUGAACACCGCCGGGCAGUACAGCGGAGGAGGGGUUUGUAUCAACUGCCUGCAGAACACCACAGGGGUCAACUGUGAGACCUGCGUCGACCAGUAUUACAGACCUCACAAAGUCUCUCCUUAUGAGGACCAGCCUUGCCGUCCCUGUGACUGUGACCCUGUGGGGUCUCUGAGUCCUGUCUGUGUCAAGGAUGACCUCCAUUCUGACUUGGCCAAUGGGAAGUGGCCAGGUCAGUGUCCAUGUAAGGAAGGCUAUGCGGGAGACAAAUGCGAUCGCUGCCAGUUUGGCUCUCGGGGCUUCCCAGACUGUGUGCCCUGUGACUGUAGUACCGCCGGCAGCAUAAACGAUGACCCGUGCAUAGAGCCGUGUCUUUGUAAGAAAAAUGUUGAAGGAAAGAAUUGUGAUCACUGCAAGCCAGGAUUCUAUAACUUGAAGGAGAUGAACCCUCAGGGCUGCUCAGAGUGCUUCUGUUUUGGCGUCUCUGAUGUCUGUGACAGCCUUACGUGGUCCGUCAGUCAGGUGACCAAUAUGUCGGGGUGGCUGGUCACUGACUUGACCAGCCCAAAUAAGAUCCAGUCUCAGCAGGAUGCGCUGGGCAGGCGCCGUCAGAUCAGCAUCAACAACACAGCAGUCAUGCAGAGGCUGAAGGCCACGUAUUACUGGGCAGCUCCUGAGGCCUACCUCGGAAACAAGCUGACAGCAUUUGGUGGGUUCCUGAAAUACACAGUGUCUUACGACAUCCCAGUGGAGACGGUGGACAGUGACCUCAUGUCUUAUGAUGAUGUCAUCAUCAAGGGAAAUGGGCUCACUGUAAGCACACAGGCUGAGGGCCUGUCCUUGCAACCCUACGAGGAGUACUUCAACGUGGUCAGACUUGUGCCUGAGAACUUCCGGGACUUUAAUACCAGGAAGGAGAUUGACCGGGACCAGCUGAUGACCGUCCUGGCCAAUGUGACACAUCUCCUGAUCAGAGCCAACUAUAAUUCUGCUAAGAUGGCGCUCCAUAGGCUGGAUUCUGUCUCUCUGGACAUAGCAAACCCUAAUGCUAUAGACCUGGCAGUUGCUACUGACGUGGAACACUGUGAAUGUCCCCAAGGCUACACAGGGACCUCCUGUGAGUCCUGCCUCCCCGGCUAUUACCGAGUGGAUGGGAUACUCUUUGGAGGAAUCUGUCAGCCCUGCGAGUGCCACGGCCACGCCUCUGAGUGUGACGUUCAUGGAGUUUGCUCUGCGUGUACACACAACACCACGGGGAGCCACUGUGAGCAGUGCCUGCCUGGCUUCUACGGGACACCCUCGCGUGGGACCCCAGGGGACUGCCAGCCUUGUGCCUGCCCUCUCUCCAUUGACUCUAACAAUUUCAGCCCUACCUGUCACCUCACUGAUGGAGAGAAAGUGGUCUGUGACCAGUGUGCCCCGGGAUACGCAGGAGCCUGGUGUGAGAGAUGUGCAGACGGUUACUAUGGAAACCCAACAGUGCCCGGGGGGACCUGUGUACCAUGUAACUGCAGCGGCAAUGUUGAUCCUCUGGAGGCUGCCCACUGUGACACUGUCACAGGGGAAUGCCUGAAGUGCUUGUGGAACACAGACGGUGCCCAUUGUGAGAGGUGUGCAGACGGCUUCUAUGGAGAUGCUGUGACUGCCAAAAAUUGCCAAGCUUGUAACUGCCAUGAAAAUGGUUCCCUUUCUGCCAUCUGCCAUCUGGAGACCGGGCUGUGUGACUGCAAACCUCAGGUGACAGGACAGCAGUGCAACCAGUGCCUGUCUGGCUACUACGGGUUGGACACAGGGCUUGGCUGUGUGCCCUGUAACUGCAGUGUGGAGGGCUCCACUUCAGACAACUGCACAGAGGAAGGCCAGUGUCACUGUAUACCAGGCGUAGCUGGAAGAAAAUGUGACAGGUGUUUGCAUGGUUUCUAUGCGUACCGGGACGGCGGCUGCACACCUUGCGACUGUGCUCAUACUCAGAAUAACUGUGACCCUGACUCUGGAGAGUGCCUCUGCCCUCCUCAUACCCGGGGUCUGAAAUGUAAGGAGUGUGAGGAGCAGCACUGGGGCCUUGACCCAGAGCAGGGGUGCCAGGCUUGCAACUGCAGCGUUGCAGGUUCCACAGGUCCCCAGUGUGAUGUCCUCUCUGGCCAGUGCCACUGCAAAGAAGGGUUUGCUGGCCAGAGCUGCCACCAGUGCGCCUUGGGUUACAGAAGUUUUCCUGACUGCGUCCCCUGUGACUGCGACUUGAGGGGGACGCUGCCAGACACCUGUGACCUGGAACAGGGUGUCUGCAGUUGCACGAAGAACAGCGGCACCUGCUCCUGCAAGGAGAAUGUCCUGGGACUCCAGUGCAGCGAGUGCCGAGCCAGCACCUUUGCCUUGCGGGCGGACAACCCCCUCGGCUGCAGCCCCUGCUUCUGCUUUGGCCUGUCCCAGCUCUGCUCGGAGUUGGAGGGUUAUGUGAGGGUUCCGAUUACUCUGGCUUCCGAUCAGCCCCUCCUGCGUGUGGUUUCGCAGAGCAACCUCAAGGGCACACUUGAAGGUGUGCAUUUCCAGGCUCCAGACACCUUGCUGGAUGCAGAGGCUGUCCGCCAGCAUGUCCACGCAGAGCCGUUUUACUGGCGGCUACCAAAGCACUUCGAGGGAGACCAGCUCCUGGCCUAUGGUGGGAAACUGCAGUACAGUGUGGCUUUCUACUCCACCCUCGGCACUGGCACAUCCAAUUAUGAGCCUCAAGUUCUCAUCAAAGGAGGUCGGGCCAGGAAGCAUGUGAUUUACAUGGAUGCCCCGGCGCCAGAGAAUGGAGUGAGACAGGAUUACAAAGUGGGAAUGAAAGAGGAGUUCUGGAAAUAUUUUAACUCUGUGUCUGAAAACCAUGUCACGCACUCGGACUUUAUGUCUGUUCUUAGUAAUGUUGAGUACAUCCUUAUCAAGGCAUCGUAUGGCCAAGGACUACAGCAAAGCAGAAUUGCCAAUAUCUCCAUGGAGGUUGGCAGGAAGGCUGCUGAGCUGCCGUCUGAGGGAGACGCGGCGUCCUUGUUAGAGCUCUGCGUCUGCCCGCCUGGCACCGCUGGAUUCUCCUGUCAGGACUGUGCUCCUGGGUACCACAGAGGGAAGCUUCUGGAAAGUGGUGGCAGGGGACCCCGCCCUCUGCUGGCUCCUUGUGUGCCCUGCAGUUGCAACAACCACAGUGAUGUCUGUGACCCUGAAACUGGGCAGUGUCUGAACUGCAGUGACCACACGGCUGGUGACCACUGUGAGCUGUGCGCCCCUGGCUACUAUGGGAAGGUGACUGGCUUGGCUGGAGACUGUACCCCGUGCACCUGUCCUCAGAGACCCCCUUUCAGCUUCAGCCCCACUUGCCACGUGGAAGGUGACAGCGAUUUCCGGUGUGAUGCCUGCAUCCCUGGCUAUGAAGGGCAGUACUGUGAGAGGUGCUCUGUGGGCUACCACGGCAACCCUCGAGCAGUGGGUGGCAGCUGCCAGCAGUGCGACUGUAGCCCCCAAGGUUCUGUCCACAGUGACUGUGACCGAGCAUCUGGGCAGUGUGUUUGCAAGCCAGGCGCUACGGGGCUCCGCUGUGAGGAAUGCCUGCCAAGACACAUCCUGAUGGAGAGCGACUGUGUUUCUUGUGACGAUGAAUGUGUGGGUGCCUUGCUGAACGACUUGGAUACUGUUGGUGAUGCCAUACUGUCUCUGAACCUCACCGGUGCUUUCCCUGCUCCAUAUGGAAUUUUGUCAAAUCUGGAAAAUGCAACUAAAUAUUUCCAGAGGUAUUUCAUAAAAGAAAAUGCUAAGAAGAUUCGGGCAGAAAUCCAGCUUGAAGGUGUCUCAAAACAAACAGAAAAUCUACAAAAGGAACUCACCAGAGUGUUAGCGAGCAGCCAGCAGGUGAACAAGGCAGUGGAAAUGACCGUCAACAAGAGCCAAGCCCUGGCCAAGUUCGCUGAGCAGCUGCACGCAGACAUCAAAGAAAUCAUGGAAAAGGUGGCAUCGUUGAACAACACAGCGCUUGAAGAUUUCCAGCCUCCUGUUUCUGCGCUGCAGGGCAUGCAUCAGAACAUUUCCUCUCUUCUGGGACUUAUAAAGAGAAGGGAUUUUACAGAGCAGCACCAAAGUGCCACCCUGGAGCUCAAGGCCGCUGAAGACUUAUUGUCACGAAUUCAGAAGAAGUUCCAGAAGCCUUGGGAAAAGCUGAAAGCCUUAAAGGAAGAGGCCAGCAGCCUCCUUUCAAAUCACACGGAUGAACUGCAGGCUGCAGAGGAGCUCCUGAGGGAAGCAGAGACUAAGGCCCAGGAGAGCAGCCUCCUGGUGCUCCUUGCCAAGGCCAACUUGAAAGAAUUCAGCGAGAAAAAGCUGCACAUUCAAGAAGAACAAAAUUUGACCUCAGAGCUCAUUGCGGAAGGAAGAGAAUGGGUAGAUGGUGCCAGCACUCACGCGGCUACUGUACAAGACAACCUAUCACAGCUGGACCAUCACCGAGAUGAACUCCUCAUGUGGACUAGUAAACUCAGGAGCCACGUGGACGAGCUGGUCAUGCAGAUGUCCAAACGAAGGGCUCGUGACCUUGUGCACAGCUCGGAGCGCCACGCCUCUGAGCUGCAGAGCCUGGCAGGAGCUCUGGACAGGGACUUUGAAAAUGUUAGGAAUGUGUCCCUGAACGCCACCAGUGCAGCACAUGUGCACACCAACAUCCAGAUGCUGACGGAGGAAGCAGAGAGACUGGCCGCUGAUGCUCACGAGGCAGUGAGCGGGACAAGCGUGAUCUCAGAAGCUCUGGUUACACAGGGGAAAGCAGCCCUGCAGCGCGCCUCCAGAUUCCUGAAAGAAAGCGCCACUGCCAGGAAGAAGCAGCAAGGUAUUAUGUUGAAGAUGGAUGAGUUGAAAAAUUUGACCAGUCGAUUUCAGGAGGGAAUGGGCAACAUCACAAGGCAGACCAACAGCUCCCUCUCGCUGCUUAGAGAGAGUCCGGGAGGUGUGAGAGAGAAGGCGAGGAGAGCCAGAGAGCUGGCUGCAGCCGCCAAUCAGAGUGCAGUGAGGACACUAGACAACGUCCUUGCUUGGAGCCUGAGGGUCCUCAAUACAUCUGAGGACCUGUCCCGAGUGAACGCCACCGCACAGGAGACAAGUGACCUUCUGCAUAACUCCACAGUGACUACUCUGCUGGCUGGAAGGAAAAUGAGAGUCGUGGAAAUGCAAGCCAACCUCUUAUUUGAGCGGCUGAAGCCUUUGAAAACACUGGAAGAAAACCUGAGCAGAAACCUGUCGGAGAUCAAGCUGCUGAUCAGCCGGGCCCGGAAACAGGCAGCUUCGAUCAGAGUGGCUGUGUCUGCAGACAGAGACUGCAUCCGCGCCUACCAGCCUCAGAUCUCCUCUACCAACUACAACACCUUGACGCUGACCGUGAAGACGCAAGAGCCAGACAACCUCCUCUUCUACCUCGGCAGCAGCACUGGCCCUGAUUUUCUCGCAGUGGAGAUGCGGCGGGGGAAAGUGGCCUUUCUCUGGGACCUGGGCUCGGGGUCCACACGAUUGGAAUUCCCAGAUGUCUCCAUCAAUGACAACAAAUGGCACAGCAUCUACAUAACAAGGUUUGGAAACAUGGGGUCCCUGAGCGUGAAGGAAACAAGCUCAGCUGAGAAACCACUGGUGAAGACAAGCAAAUCUCCUGGGUUGGCGAAUGUUCUGGACAUAAACAACUCAACACUCAUGUUUGUUGGAGGACUUGGAGGCCAAAUCAAGAAGUCCCCCGCUGUGAAGGUCACUCACUUUAAGGGUUGCAUGGGAGAGGCGUUCCUGAACGGCAGAUCGAUUGGCCUGUGGAAUUACAUCGAAAGAGAGGGGAAGUGCAAUGGCUGCUUUGGAAGCUCCCAGAGUGAAGACUCUUCAUUCCACUUCGACGGAAGCGGGUAUGCGGUUGUGGAGAAGACGCUCCGGACCACCGUGACACAGAUCAUCAUCCUCUUCAGCACCUUCUCCCCCAACGGCCUCCUCUUCUACCUGGCCUCGAAUGCCACCAGGGACUUUCUGUCCAUCGAGCUGGUCCGUGGCAGGGUGAAAGUGAUGGUGGACCUGGGCUCGGGACCCCUCACUCUCAUGACAGACAGGCGGUACAACAACGGAACCUGGUACAAAAUCGCCUUCCAGCGGAACCGGAAGCAAGGGCUGCUAGCUGUCUUCGAUGCCUAUGACACGAGUGACAAGGAGACCAAGCAAGGAGAAACCCCAGGAGCCUCUUCUGACCUCAACCGGUUGGAUAAGGACCUGAUCUACGUGGGUGGAUUACCUCACUCAAGUACUGUUAGGAAAGGCAUCAGCAGCAGAAGCUACGUGGGCUGCAUCAGGAACCUGGAGAUAUCCAGAUCCACGUUUGACUUGCUGCGGAAUUCCUACGGAGUGAGAAAAGGCUGCGCACUGGAGCCCAUCCGGAGCGUGAGUUUCCUAAGAGGUGGCUACAUGGAGGUGCCGCCCAAAUCUCUGUCACCAGAGUCCUCCCUGCUAGUCACAUUCGCCACCAAGAAUGGCAGUGGCAUCAUCCUGGUUGCACUGGGCAAGGAUGUGGGGAAGGCCGGCUGGUCUCAGGCACACUUGCCCUUCUUUUCCAUCGUUCUGAUUGGAGGUCACAUUGAAAUGCACAUCAAUGCUGGGGAUGGGAGCAGCCUGCGGAAGGCCCUCCUCCAUGCCCCCACCGGCUCCUACAGCGACGGGAAAGAGCACUCCAUCUCCCUGGUUAGGAAUCGGAGAGUGAUCACCGUACAGCUGGAUGAGACCAGUCCUGUAGAAGUGAAGUUGGGCCCUCUGUCAGAAGCAAGGACCAUCAACACCUCCAACCUGUACAUAGGGGGGCUUCCCGAGGACAAGGGGGCGCCAAUGCUCAGGAUGAGGACGUCUUUCCAUGGAUGUAUUAAAAACGUGAUCUUCGAUGCUGAACUUUUGGACUUCAUGCAUGCCAUCGGCUCUGAACAGGUAGAGCUGGACACUUGCUGGCUGGCAGAAGAGCCCAUGUGGGACCUGCAUGGAGAACUCCCCCCAGGCCCCCCAACUCUACCAGAGCCUGAACUGUGUGCAGUGGACAGGACUCCAGGGUAUGUUGCAGGCGCUCACCAGUUUGGCCUCUCGCAGAACAGCCACUUAGUGCUGCCUUUUAAUCAGUCCGAUAUCCGAAAGAGGCUCCAUGUUCAGUUGAGCAUCCGGACGUUUGCGUCCAGAGGCCUCAUAUACUUCAUGGCGCAUCAGAACCAGAUGGACUACGCCACACUCUGGCUGCAUGAGGGUCGCCUGCACUUCAUGUUUGACCUUGGCAAGGGCCGAACCAAGGUCUCUCACCCCACACUGCUCAGUGAUGGCAGGUGGCACACGGUCAAGACGGAGUACAUUAAAAGAAAGGGCUUCAUGACCGUUGAUGGUGAGGAGUCCCCCAGCGUGACCGUGGUGGGCAAUGCUACAACGCUGGAUGUGGAAGGGAAGCUGUACCUCGGAGGCCUUCCUGUCCACUACAGGGCCAGGAACAUUGGGAGUGUCACCCAGAGCCUCCCUGCUUGCAUUGGGGAAGUGACGGUUAACAGCAAACGGCUGGAUAAAGACAGGGCCACAUCCGCCUUUGCUGUGGACAGGUGCUACGCAGUGGCCCAGGAAGGAACUUUCUUUGAAGGCAGUGGAUAUGCAGCUCUUGUCAAGGAAGGCUACAAAGUUCGACUGGAUUUAAACAUCACCCUGGAGUUCCGCUCUUCCUCUAUGAAUGGUGUCCUCCUGGGCAUCAGCAGUGCCAAAGUGGAUGCUAUCGGUCUAGAGAUUGUGGAUGGCAAGGUCUUGUUUCAUGUCAACAACGGCGCUGGCAGGAUAACCGCCACAUACGAGCCCAAAGCCUCCGGAACUCUCUGUGAUGGGAAAUGGCACACACUCCGAGCCCACAAGAGCAAGCACCGCAUCUCCCUGACCGUGGACGGGAAUGCUGUGAGGGCAGAGAGUCCUCACACCCACUCCACCUCGGCAGACACUAACGAUCCCAUCUAUGUGGGCGGCUAUCCUGCCAACGUGAAACAGAACUGCCUGAGCAGCCGGACCCCAUUCCGGGGUUGCCUGAGGAACCUCAAGCUGAGCAGGGGCCCACAGGUGCAGUCCUUGGACUUGAGUAAGGCCUUUGACCUACGCGGAGUCUCCCCGCACUCCUGCCCUGGGCCUGAGCCCUGAGCCCUAAGCCUCUGCCAGAACCCUCGCUUGGAAUCAUCGCUAAAGUAUUGAAGAGAGACAGGUUGUGAAGCCAAUUGUUUUCCGUUCAGAUCUCAUUUCCAACUCAGGUUAUGUUUCCAGAGAGGAAAAAAAAAAAUAAUGCUGUAUUUAUGUUGAACUAAAGCCACAUGUACAACAGAUACCUCUAUUAAAUAGCC